UUGGAGUUCAGUUUGCAAACUGUCUCUCGUCAAAGGGGGAAGGGGAGGAGUUUCAUGUGUAUGUGGGCAUGGAGAAUGGAGCACCCUCGUGGAGAUCGGGCGUCCAGACACAGUGCUGUUGAUCUAAAGGAGCUGAGCGGUUGGCCCACUACAAGGCGAGAAAAGUAAGAGGAAGUGCUGAGAGGAAAACAGAGGACAGAAGACCCGCCAGGCAUUCAGUCUAAGCCAGAAAGGGCCUGAAAACGUGGCAGGGAGAGACAGCAGAACUGCAAAGAGGGGGAAACAAAAGAGGAGAGACAGACCUUCAUGAUGAGUUACCCAACCGCUCCGUUUCCCACUCAGAACCCUCCACCUUAUUCUGAGAAUCUGUCUGAAGAUGAACCAAAUCCCAGCAAGAAAAUGCUUGCUGAACAGCCACAGCCAGGUCCCAUGGGCUAUGGGGCAACUCCACCGAUGGCACCGCAAUACCAGCAGUAUGGCCAGCCCGGUGCAGGAUAUGGCCAUGGCCCAAUCAUCACACAACCUAUGCAGGCGGUCUUCAUCACGCAGCCCGUCAAUGAACCGGAUUACCUGGGCUACUCCAUCUUCACCAUGCUUUGCUGUUGCCUGCCCUUGGGGAUCGCAGCCCUGGUCUACUCUAUACAGACCCGAGAAGCCAACCUCAGUGGAAAUAUUGCUUCUGCUCAGCGCAACUCAAGGAUGUCACGCAUCUUCAACCACACAGCCCUUGGGUUGGGGAUUGUGAUCCUGAUUCUGUAUAUCACCUUAAUGGUGAUACUUACUAACGUAUACAGACGCCCCUAGGGAUGGCCAUACAAUAGCCAUAUGAUACAAGCCCUCCCUUUGUACACCCCACUGGAGAAGUCCCAUUCUGAAGCCAUUCUUUCUAGGAGCCAUUUCAUGAAAAGACACACUUGGGGCCAGUUCACACAGGCAUAUGCAACACCUUUCCAUUCCACUUGGCUUGACGACCAGCAGUCGAAUGUAUAGACUGUGUAAUGCUGCGUUGAAGGCGACAACAGGUGAUCCGAAGGUACUGCCUAUGAUAGAUCUGCAAUGACCCAUGAGCAUCAAGUGAUGAACGUUAUGUGUGGUCCAGCUCUAUGUUACCCAAACAUGGUCAACUGAAGCAAGAGAACAGGGGCAGGCAAAUUGAUUGACACCAAAGGUUACCUGGAGUCAAAAACUGGUCCAUUUGAUUGCUGGGUAGCAUCAAUAUUAUCAGCUGUGUUUCCAAGAUAAUUCGACUGUUCUGCUCUAGUACUCCCCAUUGGUAAAAAGUCACAAUCUUUCUCAGGCCUGGCCCUGUGUUAACAGAGCAAAGGGGCACUUUUUCAAGGGGUGUCUCUUUUAUAUUUAGCAGCGGGAAAGCAACUCCCUUGUAUCCCUCCAGGAGUUUUUUCUGAUCUUGUCUUUCUUUUUAGAGAGUUCCUUUAGGAACGGGGAACCCUCUUUUUUCCUUUUUUCUUUCCCACCCCCCACCCCCCUACAAACCUCUUUGAGAACUCAUGUUGAAAAGUGGCACAUAAAAAUGCUUCAUGAUAAUAAUUGUUUAAAAGAAUUUUUAAAAAUUAAGUGAUAUUAUAAUUUUCAUUUUAAUAUUGCAAUAUUAUAAUAAAAGGCAAAAUAUGACUCUUA